CACGGCGCGGCCCCGGCACGGCUGCCCGACAAGGCGGCGGGACCCGGCGCGCCGCGCACCGGCGUGUCCGCGCCCUCCUCGCCGCUCUGCGCGCUGGAGGAGCUCGCCAGCAAAACUUUCCAGGGGCUGGAGCUGAACGUGCUGCAGGCGGCCGAAGGUCGGGAGCCGCUGGGCGCCUUCGGGCCCCGCCAGGCCUCCAAGAAGCGGCGCAAGUCGCGGACGGCGUUCACGAACCAGCAGAUCUACGAGCUCGAGAAGCGCUUCCUCUACCAGAAGUACCUGUCGCCCGCAGACCGCGACCAGCUGGCGCAGCGGCUGGCGCUGAGCACGGCGCAGGUCAUCACCUGGUUCCAGAACCGCCGCGCGAAGCUCAAGCGCGACCUGGAGGAGAUGCGCGCGGACGUGGCCUCGCUGCAGGCGCUGCCGCCCGCCGCCCUCGAGCAGCUCGCCGCGCUCCCCGGGCCCACGCUGCCGCAGCCAGGGGAGGGGACAAAGCAGAUUCAGUCUGAAAGUGCCUUUGAGCAGCGCCUCCCCCCCACCCCGGGACUGCGGUUCAUGUGA